CUUCCGGUUUGUCAGGAGAGCGGAUGCAGCUUCAUGGAAGUGACUGGUGCAUUUAUUUACCUCCGGAGGAAGUACUCACAGACAUUAUCCCAAGUUUGAAAAGAAGAGGAGAAACUGAUACACGGAUUUUGAAUCCCAAUACCCAGGAAGCACAGUUGGAAUUCAGCAUAGUCAUCUGUUGCUUGAAAGACAUUGAACAGGGAACGUCAUUCAUAAGUCACGUGCAACAAUCGCGUGAACUUUGGAUAUCAGGAUCCCUAAAUUGUACAACAUUUAGUUCAACGACCACGUGCAUGAUCGGACAUUGUGCCAAACUUGUAUCCUGAUCGAUAAUUCGUGGAAUAUGUUCUUUAUUCAACACCUGCACGUGAUACUGGCAAUGGUGUUGCCUGGUGGGUAGGAUGAUACCUCGUCACGUUCAACGUCCGGGUUCGACCUACCAAUGUGUGGACACUCAUGGUCUCAUGUCUAAAUGUAUCGGGAAAGUAGAAGACAGGGUGACCUUCAGGUGUCCACAAGGUCACGUUGUAUACCAACCGGUCAUCUUUGUUGGCAAAGGCGAGAGCAACACUUGUGCAUAUCAAGAUGGCGACUGCAGCGGGUUGACCUAUGAACUUAAAAAGCAGAAAAGUAAAUGUUUCUGGCAGGAAAGCUGUUCCUUCAGAUGGCGGGACCAACUGCCGAUAGUGUAUUCGAAGAAUGUCUCAUGCAAGGGCGUCAUACCUAAUUACGUCAACAUGGAAAACCCGGUGUGUGUGCCAGAAGGAAACAUCUACGACAUCUGUUCCCCCCAACGAUUUCAACAACGUGGAUUACGGCGUCAUACGUAGCCAUGUAACGUACCCUUCGACGUAUGACGCACAUCCCAUACGUUGCAGCCUCACACUGCCCCUAAACCUCAACGUCGGCUGGUUGUGACAGUCGAUGCCGUGGACGUUGACGACGGUGAAAACUUGUCAAUACGCAAAAUCGAUAAGGAAAGUGUUGUAGAUGUUGCAGUUGGGAUGGGGACGAAGUUUGAAGCUCAGGGCCACAGUGAAGGUGGAACUGACGUUUAAGGCCAUCACAGGCGGCACGGGAUUUCUUGUCCGAUUUGAAUACAUGCCAGAUGAAUCCGAAACCGAACACAGAAACAGUCGUGAGGUGAAACCCGUCCCCAUAUUUCCGGAGACUCAUUUUCAAGUUUAUGGCUCGGUCGAGGAAUGCAUCACACCCAAGCGAGAACAGAUGAACUUAACAUGUCCUCCCGGUCACGUGAUUUAUAAACCGGAAAUGAAGGUUGGCGUGAGCACAGAUGGGAGAUGUUCGUACCGUCCUGGAGAUUGCCUUGGCAUGACCCACACGUUCCUCACUCAGAAGUAUGUCUGUUAUUGGAAAAACUCCUGUGAGUUUGUGUGGAGGACCGGCGUCCCCAUCACGAUGUCGCGGGCUCUCAGGUGCCUGUCUCUCCCGCCAAAAUACGUCUCCUUCUCAGGGUACAGCUGUAUUGAAGAAGAUAAGGUUGUUGAGCUAUGUGACAAAGAUAGUGUAUUAUUCAACAAAACCCAAGGUGUGAUUAAAAGUCAUGCCAACUACCCCUGGCAUUAUAAUGUGGCAAAAACAUCAUGCCGGAAGAGGAUCCGUGUCCCGAGAAAUGGCAAACUGCGCUUGCGCACUCAAGACAUCGACCUUGACCCUGAUACAAAGGGCGAUAACAUUAAGAUAUAUCAUAUAAAAGGCCACAAGACCCUGAGGAAAACGUUACGAGGAAGUAGUAAGAUGGAUGAAACAUUUGCUGGCGGAUGUGUGGAGAUAGCGUUUCGUGUGGCGCCACAGUCCAAAUCCGGGAGAGGAUUUGUUUUGCAGUUUGAGACGGAUGUUCAAAAUGCAGCUGAGGUGGAUUACGAUGACUGCUCAAAGAAAUCUCACAGGUCUGCAGGCAAGAAAAGGAAGAAAGGAAAACGUGGACGCAAACAAAGAAGACGAGGACAAAAAAAGAGACGUAAAGGAAAGAAUAGCAGAAAAUCUUUUAAAAAGAGGCGAAAUGCUCGAAGGGGGAGGAAAAGGAGUAGGAUGUAAUGUUUACAACAUGCUCCAGAAAAUCAUAUCUUUUACUGCCGUUUGAUACCUUUCUGGGUGAUGAUCUGAUGGCAUUUCAUACGAGGUCGUUUCCAGUGAACUGUGCGAACUUUGACCGCCUAAUCCUUAUGAAGAUUGUGUGGGUUCUAUAACCAAUCAAAUGACAGUUUUUUUAACGGUUUGAUUUGGAAACGUCGAUUUAUACAAAUGAAACUACUCUGAGUUUGGGAAAGAGUGAGUGAGUGAGUUUAGUUUUACGCCGCACUCAGCAAUAUCCCAGCUAUAUGGCGGCGGUCUGUAAAGAAUCGAGUCUGGACCAGACAAUCCA